CAGCACGUGGGUUGUUGUUGAGAACCGAACGAGAAAACGGCAAGACGAGUGUGAUACGAAGAAUAAAAGGGAAAAUACAAAGAACGAGUGUUGUAUUUCUCUUUUAUGGACGACCAUUUUACUGAUGAUGACGGAGAAUCGAGGAAUAAGAAAUCGCAACAUCGAUAAAUGUAAGAUAAAUGCGCUUGUUUAAAAUGAAAACGUUGAGCCAAAAACAAUACAUGAAUCUUUUCUUUUGGCCGAUUUUAGUUUGCCUGUGGCACUGAAGGAUGCGCUCAACGUGUAUUGGAAGUUUUUACGCGGCAAGUUUCUCCACGUGUCCUGGGGCGCGUGUGUUUGGCGAUCAAGCACGCGCGUUGACACGGUCGGUGGCCCUCUUCUUGGGGUUCGUUCUAUGACGGAAGUUCUGCGGUGCCAAGCGCGUGUAGGCGGUGACACAUGGAACGUACCAUUUAGUCGCUAGAGCAGGGCGCGUGAUCGACAGCGGCUCACACAUGAGCUGCGCAACAAGGGAAACGAACAGGCCGACAGCGAGAAGGUGUGAAGUGUAGUGCGCCCUUCUUGCUAUUGACCCGGACACAAGGAACCAAGCAACCCAGACAGCCGGUGCGCGCCGGGGCCGGUGGCCUUUGUCUGUGGCCUUCCAGUCGCUCCUGCGGUGCGAGGCUGCCUCGCCUCUCCGGGUGACCCCGCGGGACUCCACGGUAAGAUGUUCGCCACUGCUGCGAAGAACCUGGUGGAGGAGGUGGAUCCCGGAGGAGUCCUGGUCCCUUCGUCCAGCCUGAACGACAGCGUCGCUCUUCUGACCGUGGUGGUGAAGCGGAAGAGGUUCUGGUUCUGGCAGAAAGCCAAGUGCAUUCCCACGGAUUUCACCCUCAACGACCUGCUGACUGGAGACACGCCCAUAGAGCCAGUUGUCCUGGAGUCGGACUUCACCACGUACGUCCAGACCUGUGGGGACCACGUCAAAGGAGGCGUGGACGCAGCUUUUGUCCGCGGUCAUCUCAACUUGGAGGGGAAGGAAUCCUUCAAGCUCCAGUCAUCGUUCGGCAGUUUAAAGAAGCAGGAAGUGGAUGUUCGGAGGUUGUUCCGCGCCUCCAAGGGCAGGUGUGCGCGCGCUGCCAUAACGCUGUGGGUGCUGGACAUGUCCCACUCGCUGAUCCAGCAGAUCAUGCAGAAGAAGAAGCAGAUAUUUAGCCUGGUGAAGGAGCGCAUUGUCACCACCCAGCCAUGUUCAGUGGUAGAGGAGGUGCAGCGGGCGGAGCAGUGUGGCGGGAUGCUGGGCCUCUGUGGACCCACCACUCCUAAGCUGCAGCUGAAGGAGAACGGAUACGUGAGCAGAGACAGCAACGUUACCAUGGAGAUUCCCCCUCACACCACUUUGGCGUACGGCCUCAUUGAGCUGGAGGUCAAACGUGACGGGCGUUACGAGCUGUGUCUGAUGCCCGACACCACCGGGGGCUUUGAGAUGGACAGCGCCUCGCACGCAGAGCUGUUGGGCUCGGGAGCUUGCUCGUCAAAUAGUGACCUCAAAACGGACCUGGAGAGGUUGGCUCAUCAUUUCCAGCGUCUGCAGUCUCUCCCUGCCUCCACGCGCCUGUCUCUGCUGCAGCAUGUCACCAAACAUUUGGAGGAUCGCUUGGCUCUUGGUGCAUUUGACGGCGAGCUGGAGCUCAUGUGUCUGGGAAAGAGCACCGCCACAGACUCGCCAAAGAAAAUGAUCCAGUCCACUCUACAACUGCUGGAGGCUUCGUGUGGAGAAGACGUCUCACCCGUGCUCGUCGCUCUCCAGCUGGUCACCAGCGCCUUGUGUGAGAUGAGAAGUGACUCGCUGGCUGCGCUGGGAACGUGCUGCAGUCCUGCCGAGUUGAAAUUCUUGGAGCAGAUGGUGAGUGACAUCUCUGGCAGCGGGCAGCUGGACCUGGAGGCCCCACCACAGGACGUGUACACCAAGGCUCAGCGCCUGUUUGGCUGGUCGCGCGUGUCCCUGACCAGAGACGGAGACACGCUGAAGACGGAGACUCAACAGGCCGAGUGGAACUUCCUUCUGAUAACUUGCAUCGCCAUCCGAGGACUGUUCUGUCUGAGCCUCUGACGGCCCCGGCUGAGGUCGCUGCGCGGUGUCCUUUCUCACCGCACUUCCCUGUUAAGUAAAAAUGGCUGCUCCGGUUUUUGUACAUCUUCUUUCUCUCUGUGACUGCAGCCAAAAUCUUGAGAAGUUUGAACAUUUCCAUGUGUUCUGCGUUGGCUUUAAACUAACUAUUUUGAUCCAAUGACUCUUCAGUGUUACCUGGGACCAAAGACAGUCAGGUUUUGACUUUGUGUUUCCGGCAACGGGCUGGUCGUUCAGCUGGUGGGAUGCAAGAUGACUUCGUCCACACAGAAGGUCAUCUGUCAGGAGCUGGUUCAGAACCUGAAAGGUUGGUUCGCCUCACUAACCAUGACAUCAUCAGGGGGCGUGUCAUACCGUUGACAAAGGAGGAAGUCGAGCGAGUUCUGGUUCUGCUCAAACUAGUAUGAACCUGUGCUGGUUCAAUAGAGGACACGAGUCUUUUCCCAUCCCUCAAAUGUGAAUCCAUAGAAAACACGUUUUAUUUCACAUCUGAAAAUACAUCUUUUUUUUUCGGAGAUAUUGCAAAAUAAAACCUUUGGAAGUAAAUAUUAAGAUUUUGAACAGUCUUGGUAACCUCACGCCAGGAGGGGUGGUUCUCUGAGACGUGGCCUGACCCUGUUAAGAGUCGUGUGGAAAGUUCACUCAUCGCAGCACCGUAUUGACUCUAGGGACAGUCGAUGACACAAACAUGUGGAGGGAACACUGAACAGAAAGCCGUGACUGACCUCUCGGUCAGGCUCUCACCAAGACACCACCACAUGUGUUGACGAACACGGACGAGAGGCGGAUACACUGUAAACUCACACACUGAGGUAUCAUCCUGACCGAGGAGCUUGCGCUCGUCUCCACUGAAUAAAUACUCUUCUCACAUACAAAGUAAAGUGGAGGUGGCGCCGACAUGCUUCCUGUCAGAAGACGGUAUUAAAAAACAAACAAACCCUAAAACAGCCAAUAAAUAAGAACACUUCCUGUGCGAGUUGCAUAGUGUGCCGUCGCAGACCGCCGUCGGUCCACUGCAGCGUCUACACAGGCCCACAGUCACGUGCGGCACAGUGUUGAGCUUCUCCAUGUCAGUAGACCCAGCUGACCGGCACCCACUGCGGCUCGACGAACAGCCGCUCCACCGCAUCCUGCAGCUUGUCAAAAGCCUUGUCCAGAUUGUCGUUGACGAUGGUCAGGUCGAAGUAGUGGCUGUACGCGCGACGGAUCCUGGCGCUCUCGUCCACCGUCUUCUUCAGGUCCACUUCCUGGACCAGAAGCAGGCCGUCAUGUGUGGCGUGUUAGGUGACAGCGGGCCAUCUGUACUCACCGUGAGAAGUUUGGUGGUGAGUCCGGCGUCCACCACAGCUUUGUGCAUGGCUCUCAGCGUGUCCAGUUCUGGAGCGGCGAUGAACACCACGAAUGGCACGAAGUCAGCAGUUUUCAACACUUUCAGAGCCUUUUAGAGAGACAAAACGCACAACACCGCUGUUAUCUCCACUGAGACUGUGGGCAGAGAGCAGAAUGAAAACUCAGGCUCACGUUUCUUCAAACUCCCGUCGCUCACCUGAGGGUUUACGUCCAGGAUGCACGUGCGGCCGGCGUUCACCACCUCAUGGAUGGAAUCGAUCUUGGUGCCGUAAAGGUUCCCGUCGUACUCCCCGUGUUCCAGGUAGCGGCUGUCCUUAAUGUCCUUCUCCAUCUGGGCGCGGCUCACGAAGCAGUAGCUCUGUCCGUCCCGCUCCUCUUCGCGGGGGCUGCGCGACGUGACUAGAGACGACAGGGCGGGAGUUACCUGGGCGCUCCAAGGUGGAGCAGCCUGCUGAGGCACUCACAGGGUACAGUGGUAGCGUAACGCAGAGGGUUCAUGACGAUGAGCCGGUUCUUCAGGCUCCUCCGGCCGACGCCCUGAGCUCCGAUCAGAACCAGAGUUUUCCUCUGAAAGGGGGGCAUCCGGGCAACCUCCUCGUAGAUCUGCAGCUCGAAGCGGUCAAACUCUGACGGAGACAUUUGACACCCUCUCAAGCCGCUACUACCAACCACUUCACCAGCCAACCACUGUCCUCCUACCUGCAUUCUUAGAAGUGAGGUACAUCAUUUUCUUCUUCUUCCUCCUCCUCCUCCUCCCGGCGAGAGGUCCGCACAGCAGGCCUGCUCAUCAGAGCAGCCCAGUCACUUGCAUGAAGACGGCAGCAUGGACAAACGGCUCUCACCUGAACCAGAGACGUCCCAGUCUUUCCUCACAAACGCUUUCCUCUUCUCCUCCAGAAAGUGACUGGGGAUCAGGCCGGUGGCUCCACCGACCACAUGACGAGCCUGCAGCAGCGUAGACUCGACAUCUACCACCAGUCUUUACUGCCGGGCAACGAUGAGCACUGACCUGCCACCAGUUGGGGUCCUCCUUGUUGACCAGAUGCAGGAUGUCUCCCUUCGAGAAGGCCAGGCCAGCUUCCUUACAGGGGAUCAGGUUGUCCGCGGCAGGGUUGUAGUUGAAGUGAGGCUUCAGAUAAACCUAAGAGAAUUCAUACAAGACCUCAGGUCACUCACAUUUGAACAGCAAAGCGGGUCGGAAUAUAUUUCGGGGACACACACUGACUUCACACCUCAGUUUGAAAACAGCACUUGGCUAAUAAAGUCGCGGAAUUUGACUUGAAAGGUCAGAGUCCGACCAACCCCACA